UGUUGAUAAGUAUUUUGCUGCCGUGUGUUGCAGAAAUCCACGUUGCACGUCUGGGGGAUUUUCCAUCAAUUCCAUAUCAGAUAGACCAACUAGUUUAGUGAAAACGAGGUCCAGGAAGAUGUCUAAGAAAGCUCCCGACGUGAAGAAUGUGUGGGGCGUGGAGAAAGCGGCCCCAGAACCGGCGAAAAAGAGUGGUCAUGGCGGCCAGAAAAAAUUCGCCGAAGAGCAGCAAAAGCACCUAGAAACAGCUAAGAAACUGGCCACAGGGUACGAAUCGAGUUCUGAGGAGGAAGAUCUGGCCACUGAGGAAAUCUUCCAGUCGGUGCUGAAAGGCUAUGCAGGAGAUUCUGGCGAUCUGAGCCGCACACAUCAAUUCCUGGAGAAUGCCUUCCAAUCUGGCGCCGCGACAUGUCUCAUCUGCAUUGGCAGCAUCAAGAGGGCAGACUCGAUCUGGUCAUGCGUCACCUGCUACUGCUUCUUCCAUCUGCAGUGCAUUCAACGCUGGGGGAAUGAUAAUGUGGGCCAGAAGCGUAUGCGACAGUCGGAGGAAGCCUCCUCGCCGGGAUUCUACACGAACCGAGGAGAAUUCAUCCCCAGGAAGGUGACACAAAUUACAUGGGACUGCCCACAGUGUCGCCAAGCGUACACGCCCGAGGAAAUCCCGAGAAAAUACCUCUGUUUCUGCGGUAAGGAAGACAAUCCACCCUUUCAUCCCUGGAACAUUCCUCACUCCUGCGGAGAACUGUGCCAGAAACCUCUGGAACCCGCUUGUGGGCACAAGUGUGUCCUCUUGUGUCACCCAGGUCCUUGUCCGCCCUGUCCGCAAACCGUCUCGCAGAGUUGUGAGUGUGAGAAGUCCGCACAGCGCAUGAUUAGGUGUUCGACAAAGACUUGGCGUUGCCAGGAAAAAUGCCAAUUAACGCUCUCUUGUGGCCAUCACAAGUGCAACCAACCAUGUCAUGCUCCCGGCUCGUGCAAGCCCUGCUCCCGUCGCAGCGUGCAUCGCUGUCGCUGCGGCCAGGAUCAGAAGGAGCGCAAUUGCUCAGACAGCGACUGGCAGUGUGGGAAGAUCUGCGGCCAGGAGUACGCUUGUGGCCGGCAUCGCUGCCAGAAGACUUGUCACGCACCUGGAGAGUGCGGAGAGUGUCCUCAGGGUCUGCCGCGCUCCUGUCCAUGUGGCAAGCAGAAGUCCGUGGCGCCGUGUUCGGAGCAAAUCGACACCUGCGGAGAUUCCUGUCUGCGACAGCUGCCCUGCGGCGAUCAUGUCUGCCUAGACAGGUGUCACCGCGGUGAGUGCGGUGCUUGCCAGGAGAUCGUGGAGAAGCGCUGCCGUUGCGGACUCCACGUAAAGCAGCUUCCGUGCCAUCGCAGCUUCACGUGCGAGACGAAGUGUCGCCAGCAGAAGGACUGCAAGCGUCAUGCAUGCAAUAGGAAAUGUUGCGACGGCAAUUGCCCGCCAUGCGACAAGAUCUGCGGCAAGACGCUGGCUUGCGGACGGCACAAGUGCCAGAGCAACUGCCACAUGGGCCACUGCUAUCCCUGCAACUUGAAGGCAACUGUGCGAUGCAGAUGCAGCAAGACGACAGUCGAAGUGCGAUGCGGACGGGAGAGGAAGACACGCCCGCCCAAGUGCCAUCUUCCGUGCCGUCGACCCUCCAAGUGUCACCACGAGAACCCACACAGCUGCCAUAAGGACGACUGCCCGCCGUGCACGCGAAAGUGUGGCCUGGCGAACGACACGACGAAAUGCUCUCAUCCGUGCGAGGCGAAGUGUCACGACGCUGUCCUAGUACGCCACGUGGACAAGAACUGGCGUCCUGCCGGUCCUUGGGAUGUGCAACCCGAAGUCACAGAGAUCGCGCGCCUGCCGCAUCCCAAGUGUGAGAUUCGCGUGCCCGUUUCCUGUCUUGGCGGCCACGAAACCAUUCCUUGGCCGUGUCACAACUCCAUUCCAAGGACUUGUGGCCGGAAAUGCGGCCGUGAGCUGAAGUGUGGCAAUCACAAGUGCGCAAAGGAAUGUCACAGUGUAAAGGAGCAGGAUUUGUGGCUGCAGCAGGAGUCUUGCGAGGUCUGCCGGCAAAGAUGUCAUAGAAAGAGGCCCAAGGGAUGUUCGCAUCCCUGCAAGAAAGCCUGCCACGCUGAUCCUUGCGAUCCGUGCAAAGUGUCCACGAAGACAGCUUGUCACUGUGGACUCACGCAAGUGAUCUACAAGUGUGGCGACUUCUUCUCUACUGAGGAUGUCGGCGCGCGGGAGGCUCAGCUCAGCUGUGGGAAUCGGUGCAUCAGGAACUACCCUUGCGGCCACCGUUGCUCCGCCACUUGCCACUCAGGCGCCUGUCCGGACCCGGAGGCGUGUAAGAAGAAGGUCAAGGCCAGUUGCAAGUGCAAGACCAAGAAGGUGGAAGUGACUUGCGAGAGACUGAGGAGUGGCAGCUUCGUUGUGGCGUGCGAUGAGCAGUGCAGCGCCAAGCUGGCGCAUAAGACGAAGGUGCAGGAGGAGAAGAUGGCGAGACAGCGCGAAGAGGAGGCGGAACGCAACCGACAGGAGUUGGAGGAGUUCGAGCGGAAGUUUGGCAAGAAGAAGCCCAAAGAGCGCAAGAGGCGGGAGUACGUGGAUGAGAAGAGAACAAAUUGGAAGUUAAUACUCACAGGAGCGGCAAUUGCGAUCGCGCUGGCUGCAAUUGUGUCUGUAAUUGUAUUCAACGUACAGUAGAACACAUUUCACUUGACUUUGACUUUCUUCUUGGACGCUUCCGGAGCGCUUUGCUGCUUCCUGUCCAGGUGGAUAGACGAGAAGACGACGAACGCCACGAAGGCGAUCAGCGACAGUAUCAAGAUGUACUCCACGCGAUUUCUGGAAGAGAUAUUUAUAUGGUAGACUUUUGUAUUUAUCAGAAAUAAAGAUUACUCACUCGAA